GAGCUGGGUACGACCAGCGGAAAAGGCAAAAUAAUUAUUUUAAUACUGCAUUAACAAUCGCCCCUCACUCGAGAAAAGUAUAUCUUCACAAUCUUCACAAUCUCCACAACCACCAAAGAUGUCGAAAGACGAGUCAACUCAAGGCAUAGAGGCCUGUCCAGUCGAUCAUGCAACACGUUCAGCAUGGCUCAAAAACAAUUCCACCAAACCGCCUUUCCCAGGCGUAACCCCUCCAUCCAAACCAGGUCCAAGUUGUGAUUCUUCAACCGUUGAUCAAACCGCUCCUCCCACACACACACCUUCAAGUUUCUUCUCGCGGUUAUUCUUCUGGGACAACUCAUCACCUACACCCUCUCAACCACCAUCAACUCCCAAAUCCGCAACUUCUCCACUCCGCCUAGGACUCGACCGUGAAAUCUCCACGAUCCCUCGCGCAUCUCCUACUCCAAAUGAUGCCCCCUCGUCCUCCUCUCCUUCAACCUCGCAUCCCGCAAACUCCGAAUCGGAGUCUGGCGUUUCUGCAUCUGGAAAUUGGAUCUAUCCUAGUGAAAAAAUGUUUUUCGAAGCUAUGAAGCGCAAAGGUCACCAAUCGGACGCUGCAGAUAUGAAAACGAUUGUGCCGAUUCACAAUGCUGUGAAUGAAAGGGCAUGGAAAGAGAUUAGAGAGUGGGAGGCAGGAUGGGGGAGCGAGAAAUGUGGUGGACCUCGUCUUCAUUCUUUCCUCGGACUUUCUCAAACCCUUUCGCCUAAAGCUCGGUUUAAUACGCUUCUUGGAUAUACCGCUCCCUUCGACCGUCAUGAUUGGGUUGUUGAUCGUUGUGGAAAGAGAGUUGACUACAUCAUAGACUUUUACGCAGGCAAAGCUUCACCGGAUGGAAGUGGAAAGCUAAAUUUCUUUUUAGAUGUUCGACCAAAGUUGAAUACAUUAGAAGGUUGGAAAAUGAGGGCUUGGAAGGUAUUCAACUAGAGCUCUAGACUUGGGAGGCGAGGAAAUAGGAGAGUUGGGUGUAAUCAGAACUCAACAUCACGCGCCACGGUCACAGCUUGUGGUAAUGCGGAGAUGAACGGUCAUGUCAGGUUUGGCAAGAUGCACCCUAUAUCUGGGAGAAUAUCAGAUUGAAGUUCGAUAUACGUUCAGAUGGAACACUAGUCAGAACGCAUAUUCUGUCAUGGCUUCAGGAUACAAGAGGUAUGCGCCCAGCAUCGUCGAAUAAGGGUACAUCAUCUGAAACAUUUCGAAAGCCUAUUUCUUCAACUCGAGCCAUCCUAGAGACUUUGGCAUCGAAAGCUGAGAUGGAGAGGAAAAGGGUCGGAAAAGGGAUGUACGAUUAACGACUUGAGAAGGAUAAAAUGGAAAACUAGGUAUCGGAUUGUAUAUUUUAGGUGUUACGGUGUUUCUAAACCGAUGAAUUCUUUGAGUUUUACUUCAAAAGACAUACUCUCUGCUCCACUCGAGCUGUACAAUAUCAAAUCUGUCAGAAUUAUAAAAACAUGUCAUUUGGAAUGAGAGUCCACAGGUAUAACAUCCGAUGUACGAGUGAGUAAUCUCAAGAUGAUAUUUGAAUUUUCAUCCAAUUUCA